AUGGGAAAAGAGAUUCAACUCUGUUUGGUUGCUUCGGUUUUAGCCAUGGCUUUCGUCUCCGUUAGUGAGGCUGCAUCAACGCUACCACCGGAGAGCAAACAACUGUCGAGAAAAUUCUACAAGAAGCCAAUUAAUGGUACUUGCCCUAAUGUGGAGACUUAUGUGAAUCACCAAGUCCGGUUUUAUUGGAACCUCGACAAGAGCAUUACUGCCAAGUUCCUUAAGUUGCUUUAUGCAGAUUGCAUGGUCAAUGGUUGUGAUGCUUCAAUCUUGUUGGAUGGUCCACAAUCGGAAAAGAAGGCGUCACAAAAUUCAGGGCUUGGAGGCUUUCUGAUUAUCGAUAAAAUCAAGCAAGUGAUUGAAGAACGAUGUCCUGGAAUUGUAUCGUGCGCUGAUAUUCUCAAUCUUGCCACUCGAGAUGCUAUCCAUCUCGCAGGUGCGCCUUCAUAUCCUGUAUUAUUGGGAAGAAGGGACGGUUAUAGUUCGCAGGCUUCUUGGGUAGACCUACCUCAACCGUCAAUUUCAUGGGAAGACGGACUCGCAUACUUUCAAUCUAAGGGCUUAGAUAUUUUGGACUACGUUACCCUGCUAGGAGGACAUUCAUUAGGGAAAACACAUUGUCAAUACAUAAGAGACCGUCUAUACAAUUUCAAGAACACAGGAAAACCAGACCCCAGCAUGAAGAAAUCGUUUCUAAAUCAACUGAGAAAGGACUGCCCGAAAGAACGAAUCAAAGGACAAAGGGAUCAGCUGGUUUAUCUAAAUCCAGAUUCAGGCUCAAACUAUCGGUUCACAAACAAAUUUUACUCACGGGUUCAAACAAACCAAGCUGUUCUUGGUGUUGAUCAAGAGCUAAGAUAUGGAAACAUCACCGAUGAAAUAAGUCAGGAAUUCGCAAAAGAUUUCGAAGACCUGAGGAAGUCUUUCGCCUUGUCAAUAACCCGGAUGGGAGUUCUCAAGGUUUUGACUGGAUCCAAUGGAGAAGUUCGAAAAAAUUGCCGUACCCAAAAUCCUAAACGAUAA